UAUUAUGUUUAAAUAUAUAUUGUAUUUUUUUUACAUAUAUAAUUAUUAUUUCAUAUAGUAUCAUAUUAUUGUUGUAUAAAGAUAUAUGGGAAUUUUAGAUAGAUAGAUAGAUAGAUAGAUAGAUAGAUAGAUAUAAUCAUUAUUAUAUAUAUUAUUCUCACAUCAUUGUCAUUGCUAUAUAAGUGCAGCAACACCAAGCGAUGGUGACACAAGUGACAAAAGGAGCAGCCACAGCCACAGAGCUGGCAGGGUAACAAGGGCAGUAACGAUGACAAAUACAAUGAGGACAAUGGAACAAUUGCUAAUGACAUCUGUAGCUGUCCUUAGGACGAAGUCAUCCCCAAAAACAGAGGGACCCAGGCUCAGAACCAGCGAUUCCCCCCUGGGCCUCAAGGAGGCAGCUGUUCCAAAGGCCCGCCCAUCAGCACUAUGACCUCAGACCUCUGACCUCACUGUGACCGCCCCACCAUGACCCCGAGGGCUCUGGCCUUGGCCACGCUGCUGGCGCUGACCCCAGCCCAGGCCCUGCUAUGUCCCCGUGGCCGCCCCUGCACAGUGCCCGCCGUCUCCCUCAACCCCGUGACACUGCCCUGCCCAGGUGGGCCGGGCACCGUGACCUGGCUCCGCACCUCCCCCCUGCGCCUGCUGCGGCUCUCAGGGGGCACCCGCCUGCUCCCAGGGGGUGCCCUGCGCCUGGCAGCGCCCUGGCCCAGAGACUCGGGGGUCUACACCUGUCGCCGUGGCGAUGCCAGUGUGGCUUACUACGAGCUGGCUGUGCAGGACGUGGGGCAGCUGCACGUGAGCCACAUGGGGCGUGGGCAGGUGCCGCUCGGCCCCCGCGGGCCCCUCUUCACAGCCUGGACUCCCUGGCAGGCCUGCGACCGCUGUGGGGUGCCCGGUGAACGCAAGCAGGUGGGCUUCUGCUACACCACCCAGCCCAGAGGGCUGCCCCAGCCCUGUGGCCUGGCAGGGGCAUCGCACUCUCCCCGCGGCCCCGAGCUACGGGUCAAGGGCUGCUGGGUGCCCUGCAAAGGGCGCUGGGGUGGCGGCGAGCCCAGGGGGGCCCCGCAGCUCCUCCUCACCCACUACCCCACUGCACCCGGCGGGGGAGACCCAGCUGCGCUGCCCAGAAGCCUCCAUCUACAGGUAGACCCCGCCCCCAGGGGGUAUCUGCCCAGAGCCCCACCCACUCCCUGACCCAGCUCCGCCCCCAGGGGGGCUUCUGCCCCAGAGCCCUGCCCACUCCCUGCCCUAGCUCUGCCCUCCAGGUCCAGCUGGUUAAUCAUUGGCUGCAGCCCUGGAUUUUAACCCCUGGUGGUACCAGGGCUGGUCCCGUGCCUGAGUCAGGGAGUGGGGUGGGACACAGUCGUCCAGGCAGCCCUAUGCCAGACCCAGGGAGCAAGGUGGGACCGAGGCAUCCUCGUGACCCCGUUCCCGACCCAGGGAGCAGGGCUGGGACCCAGGAGUCUGGACAGCCUCAUGCCCGAGCCAGGGAGUGGGGGUGGGCUCCAGGGCUCUUCGCGGCGUUGACCCCGCUUAUGUCCCUGCAGCCCCGUGGCAUGGCAGGCUGGCACCACGGCCCUGAACCGCCUGCAGGCUGGCGCCGGGGCCCCACGGCUGGACAAGGCAUCAGGGGGCGCGGUGCUGGUGCUGCCCCCCGGUGCCAUCCCGGGCACCUACCACUGCUAUGUGGGGGGCCGCCUGGCUGCCCUCUUCUGGCUGAGCCCAGCCCUGGCCCCCACACCUGCCCAUGGUGCUGCUCGUGCCUAUGGGGCCAUCGAGGCGGCAGUGGUGGGGCUGGCACUUUUCCUCGUUGCCCUCCUCGUCCUGGGGUUGCUAGACGCCUGUCGGCGCCGCCCCGGGGCCCUUGGCACCUAAGCAAUAAAGAAUGUACAGCUCUGAGUGCGGGGACCCGCGUCAAGUGGAGGGUGCGAAGGGGCCCCU